AUGAGCGGGAGACCAACCCCUCGCAAGGGGCGCAGCCGCAACAACCACUCGUACAAUAACGGCGGCUCCCGAGAAAGCGGCCCCCGCUACGCCCAGCAAUCCGAUUACGAUAGUGACGCCGUCAACACCAGCUAUGCGGCCCAGCCCAGAGAUGCCGAGAACCGCAUGUACGAUCCCAAAAACUACGUGCCAGAAGAGGACGAGUCGGCUACCUAUGUGCACACCACCACCCGUACCAACUACGAGCUCAACAUGUCCGUGCUGAAGCGCUACGUCUCUGGCCUACGCGCCAUCCUCCUGACCUGCUCCUUCGUUCGUCUUUACGAGUGGUCUUCAACAACAAACUCCUGGGAACUGCGCGAUGUCGAGGGUCCCAUGUUCCUCUGCGAGUGCGACCCGAUCGUGCUCCCCACCGGCCACGAACUACCACAGGUCAACCUCUUUGUGCUGAAUCGACGUAGUAUGGAGAAUCUUACCAUCAAUCUGUCAAAAGUCGAAAUGUACGAGGCCACAAACGAGAAGUUUCUAAGUCUGAAAAUGGAGGCCGACGAAGCGGGACCCGGGAGAGCACUCGGCUUUCAUUUACACAGCAACGAGGAGAAGGGAACCGGAGACUCCCAGGGUCAAUUUCUUAUGGAGUAUCCCGACUGGAGUCUUAUUCAGGCCCAAUGGGAGAAGGCAAGGGCAGCUUUGAGCGCGGUUAAUAACCAGGUUGUCGGAGCUCCUCAGUAUGAGCAGGGCGUGCCGAACAAUGGGGCUGCCGUCGCAGAUUACGCACAGGCGCCAGCACCAUGGGCAUCUCUGGGAGCGUUUGUCAAAGGCAUGGGGGAGGUCGACAACAUAAUCACGAUGCCCGCGAGAUUUUCCCGAGCUCCAAGGCCAAUGUCGCAAUCAAGCGUCAUUGAUCUGCCUGAACAUCUCGCUCAAGCUGCGCAAACUCAAAUUGAUCUCAUCGCCUCGUGUCGGCGUUGGCUCGACAACCACACCCCGACCGGAUGCACUGCUUCAAUGUGGCGCGAGGUCAACGCCAAACUUGUAGCCUGUGUUGCCGAAUAUAAAAUUCGAAUCGAGGAUUUGAAGCUGAAAUACUUCGAUGGAGAGCCAUUUCGAGCUAAAAAUGAAAAUCAAGACAGCGCAAUUCUCGACAAUGUUUGGAAGCUGCAAGUGCACCAAAGUAAAUCUGUCGAGCCUGUGCUCAUUAUAACGACAGGUGGGGAUAACCAGACUGUGGAGGUCGAGUUUAAAACCCGAGAUCAACUGGAGUCAGUUAUGAGGGACAAGUACUUCGGCUAUCUCACCAAGGUAUUCCAAGCCUUUGAACAAGCCGAAAAGGAUCUCAUCCAACUCUUCGACAUGUCAAGAAAGAUAGAGGAGGAAAGGGUAGCCCUCAGUCAACCACCAGAGGAAACAGUACAAACGCACAUUGAGUUACUAAAAGAGUACAACGAUAUGAAGGACAUCGGCCAGCAGCUCAUUGGCCUCAUUGCCGAUAACAAAGGGGUGUCUAUCGGUGCUUUGUAUGAAGAUGGGCAGUACGGGGUAACUGCUGAUGACUGA